AACGGCGCUUACAAAGGGUUAGUCAUAGCCAUCAGUCCGGAUAUUGAAGUCAACGGAGACAAAGAUCAGCUUGAUCUCUUGGAUAAACUCAAGGAUAUAAAGAAUGUGCACCCGUGGACAACGGGUAAUAACUUAAGAACGUUAAAAAGAUCAACAGAGACCACAGAAAGCCUGGAUUUUGAAAACGUUUUGGCCCAUGGAAUCACUUUAUUUAAUAAUAGGGCCAAUGGGGGCACAUUUAUCAUAGUGAUCGGUGGACCCGGGAUCAAGACAUCCAAUAGUGUGGAGAAAGUGGACAAACUGGCCGUACAGUUGAGGGAUAAGGGCAUCAAAUUGAAUAUAAUUGUCUUCCCCUUUGAUUCACACGAGAACAGAGUGUUCGCGUCUUCGCUCUUCCAAACGGCCGCUUCCGUGACGAGUGGACGGGUAGUCUACGUGCGCGAGGACUCAUCGGCCAUUCGCACGGCCCACCAAUUUGUCAAAGCCUUCGGUGCUCUCAGCGAUGAUUACCAGAUAAUCGAUGAGAAAUAUGUAGAAAAUUCCGGGGAUAAUAAAAUUGACUUCGAGAUCAAUGUGGACAGUACUCUGAUGGGAAAGACACUACAAGUACCCACGGGUAGACCUAUUGACAUGAACUUUAUAUCAAUCAACAAUUAUUUCGAGGGCUGUGUCUUCACCACCACAUCCGAUGACCUCUCAGGCAAAUGGCAUCUGACAGCCACUCGCGAUGUCAGCAAAUCUGAAUCGGUGGUCGCUGUGGUAGAAGUUCACCAAUUCAGAAAUCAGGGCUACUAUACCGUGAGCGCCGACAUUUCAAACAUAGAAAGUACGGUAGACUUGACCACAAACUUUGGCAGCACUUCUCUGCCCAAGACGUCCAGUGAUACGGCCUGUUGUGGCUCACGAGUGGACGGGAAGCUCGACUCCAUUACACUUAGUGUAACCAAAUUGAGCCGAAAGCUAGAGUGCGGCACACUUUUCGUCACCGAUAACCNCAUUACACUUAGUGUAACCAAAUUGAGCCGAAAGCUAGAGUGCGGCACACUUUUCGUCACCGAUAACCACGUGAGUCGCGAAUACCCGCCCAAUCCGGUCAGGGAUUUGAGGGCAGAAUCGGUUGAGUACGAGAAGAGGACUAUUAAUCUGUUGUGGACAGCGCCGGGAGGGGACUAUACGUCGGGAUAUACCGACAAGUAUGUGAUCAAAGCCUUCCAUCAAAAUGAUAGCCACGAGGAGGACGAGAAACUGUUGCAAGAGAUCCGAACCAAGUUUGACGACUUGAUCGGCGCCGACAUUAACGUAACCAUCGAUACUAUGGCUGACGGUUACGGCAAAGAGCAGAGAUGUCAGAUCCGCUUCAAUACGGACACCGGAGGCGUGUAUUACGUAGCGCUCAGGGCGUACAACACCGACAAAUACCCGAGUGUUGUGUCCAAUGUAGUGCUCACUUAUAUCAAAAGUAAUGCAAUCAUUCAGAGCACAACCGCUAACAAAUGA